AUGUUUUUUUUGAUUGACUCUUGCAGUUGGCGAAAAACAGAACCAUUUUGGUUUGGAAUUUUUCGAUGUGGUGUUGCCUUCAUUCUUACAUGUAUAAUUUUAAAAUUUAGUAUUUAUGAUAAUUUUAACAAAAUAUUUCAUCAAACUGUUUUAGAACAACUUGAUGUUCCUAUAGAUUCUAAAAUGGUGAUAGAAACAUCCAUGUGCGCUAAUGAUGCAAUGGAAGCUUAUUUUCGACCAUUUCCUUUAGGCGUUGUCCGAAAAAACAUUACGUCUGCCGGACGUUGCAUGUCAUUUCCUCUCCCUACUAAAAUACCAGAUUUUGCAUCAGGAUUAAGGAGUGGUGCUUUUUGGAUUGAUAUCGAAUUUCCUUUAAAUGGUAUUGAAAAUAGUACAAUUAAUGAUAAUCAAUUGGAUUACAUAAUAAAUUCCUAUUAUAACGAUAAAGCUAAAUUGAACAAUAGCGACUAUUCAUCUAUAUUACCAAAUAAUUAUUUAAAACUAACUAUAAAUAUGACAUUAAAUAUAUUAAAUACUGAAAUUAAUUGUAUUGGCUACAGUCCAAAAGCGUUUUAUUUUCGUCCGGGACAAGCUUUUUUUAUUCAUAUCAAAUCAUCAACUAAUUCAUACUUAAAUAGUUGUGAUUUAGAAUUAGAUCUACAAUCGGAACAAUUACCUUUAAAUUUAGAUACAAAUAGAAUUGGAUUGGGAUUUAAUAUAUAUUUCCCUUUUAGAUACAAUAGUAUGGUUAUUUAUGAUUUUGAGAGUUAUUUAUCUGAUAUUGGAGGUUUUUAUGGUUCUAUUGAAGGAUUUUUUGCUUCUAUUUUUGGAUCGGGAAAACUUGGACCGUGGGGAAUAGCUCAAACAAUUAUUUUAACUAGUAUUCCUUGUGUUAGAAGUUUUGGAAGAAAUUUUGCAAGAGUAUAUGUUUCAAAAGGCGGUAUUCCUUUAGUUGAAGAUGUUAAAGAUAGACCUAAAAAAUCUGGAUAUUUAAAUUCUUUAGAAGAACGAGUUCAAAUUCUGGAAACUUUACUUAAGGAAUACUAUUUAGAUGAACAUUAUUUAGAAAAAAUUAAAUAUUUUGCAGAUAGCCGUAAGGAAUUGAAUAAGAAGGAAGUUCCGGAUGAAGAAAAAGCUGAAGAACAAAUUAUAGCAGAUGACGACGAGAUUAAAGAAAUUCACAGUUGAUUUAUUAUUUUUUUUUAACGUGCAUCGUUCAUUGUGUCAUGAUAUCGUAAAUCUG